GCCUGAGGAGAGGGCAUACUAAUGGCAACUAAGCCUAUGGAGGCUGCGGGUGAUUAAGAACUGUCCAUGUCAGACAACAGCUUCGUUCUUCAUCUCUUCAUCUGCCUUUAUCCAGCUCAAUAUGCCUUUGCACCCCUAGAAAUUGGUUCACACACUCAGACAGAAACAGCAGAAGCUGUUAUAUCUGAUGCAAAACUGGUAAUGCCCUGGGCUUGCAUGUAGAUGAUGUUGUUCUGUGUUACGGUUUCAAGGCGAGAUCGAGCAGCACGACAAAUAGCCAUAGACGAGAACUAUCUCCACAAAGCUUGCCAGUCGGGACAAAGAUUUCAUUACAUCGGUUUUUUUUUUGUUCCAUUAGCGAUUGGGUCUUAUACAAUGACAUGACCAAUGAAUUGAGCUUUGGCAGCACGUUGAACAUCCAGUUCGACCGCGGACCGCGGCUGAGUGUGCUUCCUCUCCGACAGCUGCUCCACGGUAUUGUCGUUUGUCUUGAGUCUUUCUUGUAUAGCAUAUUGAGAAUGAUCCUUUCCGAAACACUCGGCAGGUAGAGCAACCCGAUGAUCGUUCGUCGAUGGGGAGGAAGGGAACUCACUCAAUACGCACGUUUCCAGUCGGUAGCCACUACCGCUACGAGGAGGUUGAUGUCAAAACUAGGCAUGAUAAAAUUCUACAUUUAUGCCAGACUUCAGCAAAAUUAGCCUUUUUAACGAAGACAUUGUUGGCUUUGACGCUCUAGG